GCACCUCCGCCAGCUGCCUUUCCUACAGGGAAACAGUUCUGCUUCCUUCCAUCUCUGCCAGGGAACGACCAAAUUUGGAUGGCAUCUGAGUAUCUGAAGGAAUGCCUGGGAACUUGCUUGAAGAAGGGACUGGCAGAGGUUGUAGAGCAUCAGCCAGCAGAUCCAAUAGAGUAUCUUGCACGCUGGAUUUACAAUUACAGGAGAAAGUUAGAUGAAGAAAAACAGAGAAUGCUGGAGAGAGCUGAGCUGGAACAAGAACGGGAGGCAGCUCUAGCAGAACUUGAAAUAUUAAGAAGACAGGAAGAAGAGCAACGGAGACUUGAAGAAGAACGUCAGGCUCAGUUGGAAAGAGAACGUGCAGAGUUGGAGUUGCAAAAACAGCGUGAGGAGUUGGAAGCACAGAAUGAAGAAGAUGAAAUGCAGUCCCAUGAGGAAGAUCAAGAGGAAAAUGAAAACGCAAUAGCUGAAGAUACAGAUAGACCUGAAACACCUAGUGAAUCCAGAGAUGAGGAGCCAGAUGAGAAUGAAGAGCUUGAAAGUCAAACAGAUCCCACAACAGGAACAGAAGAAGCAGAAGAAGAAGAAAGUCCCAGCUGACCUGAAAGCAGUAAAUAUAUUUUCUACUCAUUACUUGCUGAUCCUGUAGUAUUUUGAUUUAUGUAUUUUAUAAAUAGAACUGAUUUACAUAMCUGUUUCUCCAGUGUCUGUUUUCAAGGUGUUUAUAUAAAGUCUGUUAAUUCUGACACUGAUUCUUCCUUUUUGUUCUUAAACCUUUGCCAAGCAUGGCUGACUUGGGGAAAGAAAACUGCAAUUGAAAUGAAAGCAGCAAAUAUAUUUUCGACUUAGUGCAUAUUGAAGUAACCUUAAUAAAUACAAAUACAACGAAUGUGUCAAUGUUAUUUGAGGAUAGAUGCUACAAUGUGAUAAUUUGCAUCAAUAUUAAAAGAAUGAAAUACUACUAAAAAUUAUUUUGCCAAGAAUUUGAAUGAUUUCUGAUAGAAAAAGGGAAUGCUUGACAGAUUAAAAGAUGGAGAGAGUGUUCUGGACAUCAAACUUGGUGCAAAAAUCCAAUCAGAAGAUUUUCCAAAUGUAUUUGGAAGAGRUAAAUUUAACUCUGACUCAGUAUGUACUAGAAGAUCUUGUCUCUUUGAAGUCAUGAGGAAGUCUUUGUAACACCAGGCAUCUGUUCUAGGCUUCAUUAGAUCUUUUUUUGGGUAYUGUGUGGUACUAGGUGAGCUGCAAGUGUCCACCUAUCAGUUUUGAUUAGUCUUUUCUGAAUUUUUCUUGCAUUAAAAUUAACAAAUGAAAUCUAUGUUGUCUACUAAAUACCAUUAUUUGUCACAACUUCUCUUCUAAAAAUUUAGAAAAACAUUUAGCUUGAUCCAUUGUUAUCUGUAAAACCAAGUUUUAUAAUCCUAAAAUAAGGAUUAAUUUUUGUAAGAACAGAUAUUUGUAAUCACUGGUAUCUUGGUGUAGGUUGUCAAGAACAUUCUGUGUCUGUUCAUUUUAAGUGGAAAGACAUCAACAUUAAGAAAUCCUGCACUCCCUCAAUAAAAUGUGCUUUUGUGUCUGUCUUCUACCACAGAUUAGUUGKUCAUUGCCAAUAUUGUGUAAUGAAAAUAUUUUUUAUUACAAAAUCAGAGUUAAUGCAUUUACUGCAUCCUUCCGUUUUGAGACAAAAGAGAUUUUUGUGAUAAUUUSACUUCAAUUUUUCUAUACUGUUGCUUACUGUAAGGGGUUUGGUGUCCUUGGCAAACUAUUAAAAAUAUCUAUACACCCAACAGACAAAGGUCAAUCACAUAAUAAAUGUUUUCCUGCUCUGAAUAACUUGCUUUGGUCACAUAGUUCAAACUAAGAAUAAUCUUAUAAAUUUUUAAAAAUGUGAGCACUAUUGAUUUUUUGUGUAGCAAUAUAUUGUUUUUUUUCCUUUAAAGUACUUUUAUUUAAAAAAUCCUGUGCCCAUUUCAUUGCUACAUUACUUUUUGGAUGCUGUUAAUAACUAURUCUUAUAUGAGCAAAAGAGGAAAAUCAAAAGAGGAAAAUGUCACUUACCAGGUAUAAAUACUUAGAAAUGUCUGUGUAACUUUUGGAGCAAGGAAAAACAGAACUCCUUUUGUGACAAGGUGGUCCGGCUUUGCUGUCUACAUUUAUUCUGAUUGGUAAGGGUUUGCAUUUUCUAUGCAAGUCAAGAACCUUUCCUGUGGCAUGAAUACACCCUUGUGGCUGAUAUUCCAGUAAACAGAUUUUGUCACAGUUUGAUUUUAUUUAUUAGUAACAGUUACAAUAGAACCAUUUUAAGGACACACUUUAAUACCACAGUUCUAAUUACACCUGUUAGCGCUGUGUGUGCAGCAGCUCCUCAUGCCAUUCUCAAAGGGAUGGAGUAACUGCAUAAACAGAGUUGCUUUUCUGACCCAGUAUGAAUAACUGAUUCUCAAUAUUUAGAUUAACAUUUUCAAAAAUUUGUAGCUCAUGUCCCUUUGUUUUUCAAAUCCAAUUAUAUGGACUAUGAAAAUUUCAGCCUUCAUACAGCCUUCAAAAUGUAAGACUAUUUUAAAACAUACUAGAAAGUAAUUCUAAUGACAUGUUGCUUUUCUUUUUUUAUCUUUUCAUACUAUUUGUAUCUUUGAUUUUGUUAUGUGUGUCCACUAGAGUGCAUCCUAAAUAAACACACUGGGGAAUCUGUCAGUUAAAUCCCAUGAAAACUACAACUUUUGUUUGUAAUUUUGUUUCAGUUUGUUUUUAGCUAUGACCUUUUUCUUUGUGAUCCUGCAGUCCUUUUUCCUUACUUUUUUUCUAGAGAGGAAGUUAUGGAUGGAAAAUUUUAUCAGAAAAUUACUUAGCAAGGGUCAAAAUAAAGYGGUAGAUUCCAAUUUACCUGUUUCUUUAUUGUUAGUUACAGAAAACAUUUGUUAUUAAAAUGUCAUCUAUAGGACUUAGCAUUUUUUUCAGGAUUUGAUGUGCACAGAACUGGGGCAUUAUUCUCCUUCUACAGCUUUAUAGUAAUUCUUGGAUAUGGGAYAAGAGGUAAACAGUUCUUGGCUCAAUGCUUUCUUAAGGUGCAAACCUCCCUGUAGGUAGCUUGGAAAUGUGGUUCACAAUAAAGAUGACUUCUCUUUGGUUGUCUAAACCUGAAGAGAAAUUAAGGCAGCUUAAAAUAAUUGUUGCCCUCUCUUUCUGAAUUUUCACCUUCUUUGCACYAUAGCAGCUAGAGCCUGGAACAGGAGUAGAGCACAUGACUGUUUUAGCUACUGCCCAUUAUGUGAUUUCAGAAAUGUUAACACAACUCACCUCUGCAUAAAAUAUGAAGUUGUAUGUUGGGAAAAAAAAAUCGUGAUUACUAAAUGUAACUUCAUCUGCAGCUUACACUCCCUUUGAAUACAUGUUUAUGGAAUGAAGAAGAUAGAAUUCAGAGACAGAUGAUGGAAACUGUCACUGAAAAUAAAGUGCUAAAUAUUGACAGAAGAUUUAUGAAAUCRUCAUUUUUCCUUUCUUCAGAGUAAGAGCAGUCUUGUUUAGGCUGCUAUCAGGCCAUGUGCAGAUCCUUCAGAGAACAUGCUGAUAGUAGCAUGCCCAUUCACAGCUGUUCUCAUUCCAGCAAUACUGAAGCAUAAGGAUGAAAACAGAUAUGAAGCCCAGAAUAGGAUAAAACUAUUCAGAUUAACUAUCAGUCUGCUCACAGAGGUGAAAACUCAGCUCUGCAGUGUGAGAACCUUCUCUUGCAUGGAGAACUACAUGUUGCAGCAAGCACAUUUUGAUGUUAUCUUUUAGUAGAAUAGAUUUUAUUAAGUUUGCAGUCCCCUUUAUGAUGAAUGGUUUUCCUUCAUAGUCUAAAGGAACUAACUUAUCUUUUUGUAAGCAAAAGCUUUAUACAGUAAUUUGCUAAUAGUAAUG